AACAACGUCAGAGCCAUCCGCAUCUAGUGGUCAGAACCAGAGGCAACAUCUCCUCCUAAGCUUCUUCAUUUCUUCUUCCCUUUCCCAUGCCUUGACCUCUGGGGUGCUUCAUCCUUACUUUCACUCUCAUAUUUCCUGAUACUGUUUCCAGCAGCUAACUGAUGGUGAGCCUUUUGUCCUUCUUGCUGAUACUGUGUGUCUCAUCAUCCAACCCGCCCCUGGACCAACCAUUUCUUGACCUCUAUUUUGAUCCGAUCCAGCACUAUAUCUGUCAUUGGUUAGUGUUAGAGACUGAAUUGCAUCCUUCGACUAAUCUGUUAUUAUUUCUGCUAAAAUCUAAGAACUCCAGAAGUAAUGGUAAUUUGGAAAAAUCUAAGAACCCUAGAAGUAACGGUAAUUUGGAAUUCUCUUCAUCAGAUCUACAUUGCUCUGCGUUCAGAUUCAGCAAAUACGUAUGCAUUUUUCAGCUGGUUAAGGAGAAGAUGUAACAGCAGCUCAUCGGUAAUUGCUGGAGCGGAGGAUGAACAAUAUCAAUUGACCAUAGAUGACGUUGACAGCAGUUUGGUCUUUAUGUAUACGUCAGUAACAGAAGAAGGUGCCAAAGGUCUUUCUACCUUCAGGGAUUCCUCGAAUUGAUAAGCUAGAGACGGGCGGGUGGGGCUGUCUCACCAAUUUAUAUGCUGUAUGUGGCUCUUAUACUGGAGGAGAAGAAGGAAAAAUUAAAAAUUCUGUGGCGUAGGUCAAUGGUGGGCAGUCCAGUCCUAAUCUUAUCUCCAUACCAGGUAUGCCAAAUCCUAGGGUCUGCUAAAGAUUUUAGAUAUUGACAUGCUUGGGUGGUUGAAAUUUCCAAUCAUUGAAUGCCAGAAUGAGUCUAUUUUUACUCGUUUCUAGAGUUGAAACAAAAAUCUUAGUAGGAAACUUUUUAUUUUUGAUGGAGAGAGUUAUGAUAACCUCCUAAAUUAGUGUCAAUAUCAGCAAUACGGGGAAACAUAAUCAAAUCAACCCUACGUUAGUUUUUAAAUUUGAUUUUAGUUUAUGAAGCAUAAUACCAACUGUUUUGGGGUUGCAUUCUUGAGCCUCUAUUUUUUUUUUUUCUGAAUUAAAUGGGUUCAGUGACAUUACAGCUGUGAGAUCGUGGAAAAUUUAUGUUAGAUUGUGAACAAUAUGCAUCCUGCUAUAUGACUUAAUAGACAAUUGAUUGGCUUGCUUCAUGGCAAAUGAAAUUUUUAAAAGCACAGAUAAUUUUUCAU